CUUAACGUGUAAAAAUACAAGGGAGAUACAAAAAUUAAUUUAAAUUUCGAACAAUAAUUUUUGUAGUUUAAUUUUUUUUUAAAUAUAACAAUAAUGACCACGUGCGAAUCCUCAAGUAUAGAAAAAUCACCCUUGACAUUUAAAAUUUUGGCGGAAUGUAGCAAAUCGAAAGCUCGAACAAGUAUUAUGACUUUACCCCAUGGUGAUGUCGAAACUCCUGUAUUUAUGCCAGUUGGAACACAGGGUACUUUAAAAGGACUUUUACCAGAUCAAUUAGAACAAUUAAAUUGCCAAAUUAUGCUUUCAAAUACAUAUCAUUUAGGCACACGACCGGGGACGGAAAUAAUCGAAAAAGCUGGUGGUUUACAUAAAUUUAUGGGAUGGAAUCAUAAUUUACUAACUGAUUCUGGUGGAUUUCAAAUGGUUUCAUUGUUAUCAUUAGCGGAAAUCACCGAAGAAGGAGUACGAUUUCAAUCACCGUAUUCUAAUGGCAAAGAAGUAAUGCUUACACCUGAACAUUCCAUAGAAAUACAAAAUGUAAUUGGUGCUGAUAUCAUAAUGCAAUUAGAUGAUGUUGUUGAGACAAUAAAAACUGGUCCGCGUGUAGAAGAAGGAAUGUAUAGAACUAGUAGAUGGUUAAAACGUUGUUUAAGCGCCCAUCAAAAGCCAGAUACACAAAAUAUUUUUCCAAUUGUUCAGGGUAAUUUAAAUCCCGAUUUACGUAAAAUAAGUGCAUCGUUACAUAUACAAUGUGAUGUACGAGGAUUUGCUGUUGGAGGAUUAAGUGGUGGAGAAAGUAAAAACGAUUUUUGGCCCGUAGUUCAUUUAUGUACAGAUAUUUUACCAAAGGAUAAACCCCGAUAUUUAAUGGGAGUAGGAUUUUCUGUGGAUCUCGUCGUUUGUGUUGCAUUAGGAAUUGAUAUGUUUGAUUGUGUAUUUCCUACACGAACCGCUAGAUUUGGCUGUGCCUUAGUUCGAACUGGUCAAUUAAGUUUAAAACAAAAAAAAUACGAAAAUGAUUUUCGUCCAAUUGAGGAAGAUUGUGAUUGUACAACUUGUCAACGGUAUACCCGUGCCUAUUUACAUGCAAUUGUUACAUCAUUACCAGUUGCCUGUCAUUUGUUAACUGUGCAUAAUGUUGCACAUCAUUUACGAUUGAUGCGAAAUAUUCGUGAGAGUAUUAAACGGGACAAAUUUUCAGAAUUUGUACAAAAAUUUAUGUUGGACGUAUAUCCAGAUAAGGAAUAUCCUAAAUGGGUAGUAGAUGCCUUAAAAGCAGUUAAUAUAGAAUUAAUUAGUUAGUUUUAAUUGUAAAUAUGUAUACAUACCAAAAAUUUUUUGUAUGUAAUUUUUUUAAUUUCUGUUUUAAUAUUAUUCUACAAUUAAAUGCAAAUCGUAGUCGGAAGUAUUUGGCAAAAAAGUAUAAAUGGUAAUCAUUCGUACCAUGACUUUGUAUCCAAUACAAUAUAAAGCUAAAAUAGACCUUUUUCACAUUUUUUUUUCUUUUUUUUUUUA